AUGGCUAAUUCAUAACAAUUAAUAUUUAUAGGGAUAAUUCAUUUUGAGUUAAAGGAGACAAAGGAUACAAAGGAGAUAAAAAUAUUAAAGAAAUAAUGUUUAGAUUAAGUGGAGGAUAAUGAUAUAAAACAGUAUUUGUUCAACGAAUAGGAAUACGAUAGUUAUAGAAAGAAAGCUCAAAGACCAUUUUUAAAGAGAUUGGAUAAGAAUUCUGAAUAUUUAUUGGCAUUAUAAGCAUAAUAGUAAGUAAAUUAGGUAAGUCAUAUGUUAAGAGGAAUAGAGGAUCAUAUUUCAGAGCAUUUAGGAGUAUAAUUACCAGAAGAUGAAUGGAAAUAGAGAGCAAUAAAAAUAUUAUUGACUUGGAAUUUAUCAGAAAAGAAUGAAUUGUAAACAUAUGCAUAAGGUGGUGAUUAAGUAGAGAAACAUUUUUUGGAAUUAGGAUUUUUAUUUUUUGCAGCGGCAGUUAUAGGAUAUGCAUUGAUAUUAGUGAUGAAACAUAUGAUAUGAAGAAG